AUGCUGCUGCUGCUGGUGGUGCUCAUCCCCGUGCUCGUGAGCUCGGCCGGCCUGGAGGGCGCGCACUACGAGAUGCUCGGCGCCUGCCGCAUGGUCUGCCAGCCCUACGCCGCCCCCCCCAGCGCCAGCGCCGCCCCCGCGCCCCCCUCCACCCUCCUGCACGGGCCCCAGGGCAAGCCCGGACGCCCCGGCAAGCCCGGACCCCCCGGCGAGCCCGGACCCCCAGGCCCCGCAGGACCCCCCGGCGAGAAGGGGCCCCCCGGGCAAGCGGGACCCCCCGGCCCGCCCGGGCCCGCCCUCGCCAGCGGCGCCAUCAGCGCGGCCACCUACAGCACCGUGCCCCGCGUGGCCUUCUACGCCGGCCUCAAGAACCCGCACGAGGGCUACGAGGUGCUCAAGUUCGACGACGUCGUCACCAACCUGGGCAACAACUACGAGGCCGCCACCGGCAAGUUCACCUGCAACGUCCGCACCUACUUCUUCACCUACCACGUCCUCAUGCGCGGCGGCGACGGCACCUCCAUGUGGGCAGACCUCUGCAAGAACGGGCAGGUGAGGGCCAGCGCCAUUGCUCAAGAUGCCGACCAGAACUACGACUACGCCAGCAACAGCGUCAUCCUGCACCUGGACGCGGGGGACGAGGUGUUCAUCAAGCUGGACGGAGGCAAAGCCCACGGAGGCAACAAUAACAAAUAUAGCACCUUUUCUGGUUUCAUCAUCUACUCGGACUGAGGGCU